GUCUAGUAAGCGCGGCGAGGUCGCAGAUUUUAUUUGACAACAAGUUUUUUUUUCAACUCCUCUUUGAUGCGAUUAAUAUGUUGUAUCCUAUCUGAGGUCGUGUGUGCAAUAUGUUUCGAGCACCUGAAAAUGAACUUCACGUAAACGACAUGAAAAUGUUUCCUCCCACCGUUGUGGCACAACAACAAGAAGCGGGCAAGAAACUACCGGGAGAAUUCUCCGAAGACAGCAUGGGGGAAACAACGAAGGAAGAGACUUCGACGGGGCAAACACCGUCCGUCCAUGGGGCGAGCGCCGUUCUUGGUAGAGGAGCACUACAACGACAAGGGAACAAGACGCAAACCAUUUCCGAGAUUGACUACACAAGCACCGCCGCGCCGAAGGAAGGUGCUGCCCAGGUCUUCUUUCCCACGACCGGCAAUGGGAAGGAAAAAAUGGAAAUCGAAGUGGAGACAGGAACAGUUGCUGCAUCGGAUAAAAACGUGGUGUUGCAGUUCGAGAAGGACGUCAGGCAUGUCGGCGAAAUGGAUAAGGUCACCAGUGCUCCUACCGAUCUCAACAACCAGUCGAAAGCGGCUGGCACUUCUACGGGCGACGUGGAGAUGAAAAUUCUCCCACAAUUAUGCGAGUCGGUUUGUACUCCUACAGGAGCCGCGCUAUCAAGUGAAGCCAAAAUUUCCAAAGGAAAUGAAGCGACGUCGACCAAUCGCGGUGAAGACUACCGCGUGAACAAGGUGAUGCCUUGUCCCUCGGAGCGGGUGGCUCUGCCGCUGGAGACGAGCCGGACCGAGACGACAGGUGGGUUCACUAUUCCCGCGCAAGAAGCCCCCGCACCCGCAGGCGGCGACAAAUACAAAUACAAAAUGGUGGGAGCUACUGCAACAUUCAACGAGGGGCAACAACAAGUAGGACUCGGCAACGAUGUUGCGGUUUCGACGUGCGACGAAGUUCUUGCAACGACCACGGCGGGUCGUAAUGGGGAAAAUAAGCAAGAUCACUAUCGGGAUAGUGAGGUACUAGUGGUUGACAACAAUUUGUUGAAUAUAGGCACAAGCUCAGCACAUCGUAGUGCUCGACGACAUCAUCAAGAACUUCUUCGUGACGAAGUUCCUUCUAUUCGUGAACAGGACCACGACGAGCACUUGGGAUGUUCCAACUCGAAAGUGCAAAUCGGCUUGGGAUUUUUCAACCCGGCGCGGAAAAAAAAGAAAGCUAACACCAUUAGUCCGAGGGACGAGCAGCAAAAGGACCGCAACACGGAUCAUCAUGACCGGCGCUUUUUACUGCAUUUUGCCAGUAAGAAACAAGAAGAGGAAGAAGAGCCAAUCAGGUUUGAUGUGCGUUUGAACAUCAAAGAGCGCAGUGAGGAAAUCAAGAACACCACCAGCGCCUCUUCUACGAAAAAAGCCACCUUUCGACCUCUUCUACCGCUCACGACCACCCCCUCGACCUCGGCCAGCAAACUGGAACCCGAGAGCCUCGACGGCAAGGCGGCGAAAGCGGUAGAGGUGUCCACCUCCGCGCGGUUUAGAACAAUGAAGCCCCUUCACACGACGACCAGCUCUGAAGAUGUUGUUGAGCGACAAGGUUUAAUAUCCACAGCGCCUCUAGAAGUACUCUCGUCGCCGCCGGAGAAGUCGCUCCUCGGGGCAUUUGGGGAUUUCCUGGCGGCGCCAAAGGUAUUGGGUUCUUGUUCUAAAAACAGUCCACCGAAGAUGAACAAGCCGCAACAUCUUCUACCCGGCGUGAGAGGAGGACCAGACGCGGGACGCGCGGAGGAGCCGGUGCUUGAAGCCGCUGCUAAUUAUGCUCGUGUUGCGGCGGGAGCGGAAGAGGAAUUUUCGAAAGAGGUCCGUUGCGGCGACAAGGAGGAGGGGGGUAGCAGCGUGCGGUCAGCAGCGCCAGAAAUAGGAGCGUCGAAGGGAUCUAUUCUCCUCCCAGGAGAAAAAAAGAGCGAAGUCAUGAACUUUUGUACGGAGAAAGUGCUGGUUGCACAUCAAGCAGCCACGAGAACUACUUCUGCUGAAAUGGACAAAUCAGAAACUCCGAGGAACAAAAUGGAAGACGGCUAUAAUUAUUUGGCACACGAUUUGGGCUCAACAGCUACUUCCGCAGCUCUUUUGGAGGAAAGUUCUCCCUCCCGACCGACCACCUCAAAUGUUGCUGCUGGAACAAAAAUUCGUUCUACCGUAGCAGGCCGAGGACCCAACAGUGUGUUGAGCGAGCUACCGGCUGCGGGUUUGCGAGAAGAAGUGGUCGCGCAGGAAAGGACAAGCGGAAAUGAGAACUUCGAAAACGAGGAAAAUACUAGAAGUUUUCGCCAGCAGGAAAAUAAAACCCGCACAUCAUUUUCAGCGCAUCCUUCCACGCAGCUGGUGGGAGAAGUAAACAGCAGCUUCGAGUUAUUAAAGCGCAGACGCGAGGAAGCGGAGCUGGCCUCUGCGUCGUUCUUUGCGCAAAACGAAUUGGGGAAAAAAAUCCACGACUCAGGAGUAGAGCUGCAGGUCCGGCGCACUGAGGGGGUUCUUACGGCUAGCGGGGCGGGGACUCAGUACGAGCUGAGCGACAAAUUGGACACUAACGGCGGAAGGCUUUUAGUACCCAUGGUCGUGACCUCCGCACGGGCCGCGGACGCGACGGCGGCGGCGGAGUUCUCCCAGGCAGAAAAAUUUGUUCCAGAAUCGAGACCGAUU